GGCUGUCUCUCUGGGCGGAGUGAGACCUCUCGUCCUCAGAGGAUCUCUGAACCUCAGAACUUCCUCUGUGCUCGUUUCUCUCACUUCACUUUCAGGAUGUUGAGGUUGAGAAGCUCCGUGCUGAGAUCAGCUGCUGUGCUGAUCACACCUGCUCAGCCUCGUGUGCACCUCUCCACCGGGCCCCAGCAGAAACACAAAACCUUUUAUGAGUUCCGUACCUACUGCAUCCGCCCAGACCAGAACUCCGCCUUCCUCAAACUGACCAAUGAGAAGAUCCACCUGCGCACCGCCCACUCCGAGCUGAUUGGCUACUGGAGCGUGGAGUAUGGUGGUCUGAACCAGGUCUUCCACAUAUGGAAGUAUGACAGUUACUCUCAGCGGGCAGCCGUUCGGGCAGCCUUGGCUCAGGACCCCACCUGGAUCUCAGAGUACAUCUCCAAGGCCAUACCAAUGCUGACAUCUCAGGACAACGAGGUCACCUACCUGGUUCCCUGGAGCCGCCUGCAGAGGCCGCCACAGGAGGGCGGUGUCUACGAGCUGGUUUCUUACCAGAUGCGUCCUGGUGGUCCAGCGGUUUGGGGCAAAGCCUUCCAAGGUGCUUUAACUUCCCAUGAUGCACCGAGGUACGGCAAGCUGGUGGGAGCUUUCCACAACGAGUUCGGCCAGCUGAACAGAGUUCACGCCCUCUGGUGGUUCGAGAGCGCCGACCAGCGAGCUGAACUUCGGCACAAAGCUCACACUGAUGCCAGAGUGGUUGCUGCAGUCAGAGACAGCGUCGUCCAUCUGGACUCUCAGAAGAAUAAACUCAUGCUUCCCUGUCCUUUCUCUCCAAUGAAGUGACUUCCUGUCCUCACACCUGUGUCUCCCCGGCAACAGAGACAGGCGCUUAGCGAAGGACUGAGCCAAUCCUGUGUCUGAAUGUGGAGGGGGCGGAGCAGUCGGUGUGUGUGUGUGUGUGAACUCAGAAUCACAGAAAAAUAAAACUCGCUCAGAAACA